AUGGCCACCGCAGUAGGCCUCAUUCUUACUGCCAUUGGCACAGGACUUUCGUUCGUCUCCAUGCUUCAGAGCAACCUCAAGAGCGCCGAUUCUGGCAACACUAAAAUCACUCUCGCCUGCGGCCAAGUCUCAGACGAUGUCAACGACGCCGAUUCCAUCUCAGGCUCGUUUGACGCCCGCAUGGGUAACACCGCGUACGAGUAUACCCAUGACAGCGAGUACAGCGGCCAGCAGACGCCUUACAUCAAGGUCACGGGCAACAACGAUGCAAUUUGCAUUGCGUGGUUGACUGUGACCUGGGCGGAUGGGACUGAUUGGGUCUGGUCGGGUGGGUUUGGUCGUGGAUGUGGGAUUCUUCCAUGGCACUACAGCGAUGCCAUUCUCGGCAACAUAGCCCAUGUAAACGACGAAGGCACCCCACACCGCCCCGACUGCGCCUGGAUUGAUGGUGAUGGUUCCGUCGGUGGCGAUACUACUGCCUUCUCUGUCUAUCUUCCUCAUUUCACUACUGAGAACGACGGCUCCAGUGGAGCGUUAGAUGGCGUCUGUGCCAGUCCCGACUUCGCGACCUACCAAAACGAUGACGCCGGCGGCAUCACCUACUGGGCAGACCCUCCGGCCAUCGGCAACACGAACAACUACGACAACGCCAAAAUGCACCGCCGUGACGACGCCAACUCUACGGCGGGUAUCAGCGCCCAUCAAGCCAACGCCAGACCCUCCCAGAGUCUCUACACCUCAGCCGAGAAGAACACCAAGCUCAUCAAAAGUGCAUGGGCGGUACAUUCUGCCAUUGACCUGUGCAAUGAUGACAGGUCUUGGGGCCCGAGCUUUGUGUCCACGACGGAGAACAAGUUCUGUGAUAUGUCGACCAAGACGCUGUAUGACGUCUGCUCGUCGGACAACACUUCAAGUGAGGCUUGCUUCGAUGGCGAGACGUUGGCGGUGCGUGGAUUGAAUAGGAGUGUGGCGUAUAAUUGGAAGACUGUCGAGAACUGGGGCCCUGAGGUGGCGGAUGAGUUGAAGACUGUGCAGCUGUCUUAG